CAUCCGGGUUAAUAUUAUGUGCUGUAACAUUAGAAGAAGAAGAAGAAGAGACGCAUCAAAUUAUAUAGUUAACUUACAAUGAGGUUUGCAAAGAUUGUGAUAACCUCUCAUAACACGAUCUGAAAGGGACAUUUAAGCCGUCCAAGCGAUUAUCAUGGGUAAAAAAGACAGAGGAGAUCGAGAGAAAAGGUCGAAGAAGCGUGUGUACGAGGAAGAGGAUGAUGAGGAAGAGGCGGCGGGCGGUGAGUCUCAGGAGGCUAUACCUGCGGCCGCGGGGAAGCAGGUGGAUGAGUCGACCAUCAAACUGGACGAGUACGGAGCCAAGGACUACCGUCUCCAGAUGCUGCUGAAGAAUGACAACUCUUCACGCCCUCUCUGGGUGGCUCCUGACGGACACAUCUUCCUGGAGGCCUUCUCGCCCGUGUACAAGUACGCCCAGGACUUUCUGGUGGCCAUAGCAGAGCCGGUGUGUCGUCCCAUCCACGUCCACGAGUACAAGCUGACGGCUUACUCCCUCUACGCCGCCGUCAGCGUGGGGCUCCAGACCUCCGACAUCGUGGAGUACCUGCAGAAGCUGAGCAAGACCUCCGUACCUGAGGGCAUCGUACAGUUCAUCAAGCUGUGCACGGUGAGCUACGGAAAAGUCAAACUGGUGCUCAAACACAACAGGUACUUUGUGGAGAGUGCGUUCCCCGAGGUGAUCCAGCGCCUCCUGCAGGAUGGGGUGAUACGAGACUGUCGUCUCCGCACCGCUGAAGGUGUCGACACCGAGCUCAUCACAGAAGUGCUUCGGAGCAAGUCUGCGAUUUCCAAGUCUGUCCAGGACAACGGCGAGGCCGCCUCCACUUCCCAGACCCCCCAGGUGCCUGAAGACAUCUUCAGCUACUACGAGCAGAUGGACAAGGAGGAGGAGGAGGAAGAGGAGACCCAGACCGUCUCCUUUGAGAUCCGCCAGGAGAUGAUCGAGGAACUUCAGAAGCGCUGUAUCCAGCUGGAAUACCCCCUGCUGGCAGAGUACGACUUCCGGAACGACACGGUGAACCCUGACAUCAACAUGGACCUGAAGCCCACGGCCGUGCUGCGGCCCUACCAGGAGAAGAGCCUCCGGAAGAUGUUCGGGAACGGACGCGCUCGCUCAGGCGUCAUCGUGCUACCCUGCGGUGCGGGGAAGUCCCUGGUGGGGGUGACGGCUGCUUGCACGGUACGGAAGCGCUGCCUGGUUCUGGGAAACUCUUCUGUAUCGGUGGAGCAGUGGAAGUCCCAGUUCAAGAUGUGGUCCACCAUCGACGACUCCCAGAUCUGUCGCUUCACCUCUGACGCCAAGGACAAGCCCAUCGGCUGCUCUGUAGCCAUCAGCACCUACUCCAUGCUGGGCCACACCACCAAGCGCUCCUGGGAGGCAGAGAGGGUCAUGGAGUGGAUGAGGAGCCAGGAGUGGGGUCUCAUUAUCCUGGAUGAGGUUCAUACCAUCCCUGCCAAGAUGUUCCGGCGUGUUCUGACCAUCGUCCAGGCCCACUGCAAGCUGGGCCUCACAGCCACGCUGGUCCGGGAGGACGACAAGAUCGUGGACCUGAACUUUCUGAUCGGGCCCAAGCUGUUCGAGGCCAACUGGAUGGAGCUGCAGAACAACGGCUACAUCGCCAAGGUCCAGUGUGCAGAGGUUUGGUGUCCCAUGUCUCCAGAGUUCUAUCGCGAGUACGUGGCCAUCAAGACUAGGAAGCGCAUGCUGCUGUACACCAUGAACCCCAACAAGUUCCGCGCCUGCCAGUUCCUCAUCCGCUUCCACGAGCGCCGCAACGACAAGAUCAUGGUGUUCGCCGACAACGUGUUCGCUCUGAAGGAGUACGCAGUCCGCCUCAACAAACCCUACAUCUACGGACCUACUUCCCAGGGAGAGCGUAUGCAGAUCCUGCAGAACUUCAAACACAACCCCAAGAUCAACACCAUCUUCAUCUCCAAGGUGGGGGACACCUCCUUCGACCUCCCGGAGGCCAACGUCCUCAUCCAGAUCUCAUCCCACGGAGGCUCCCGCCGGCAGGAGGCUCAGAGGCUGGGCCGCGUCCUCAGAGCUAAGAAAGGGAUGGUGGCAGAGGAGUACAAUGCCUACUUCUACUCUCUGGUCUCUCAGGACACCCAGGAAAUGGCCUACUCCACCAAGAGACAGCGGUUCCUAGUGGACCAGGGAUACAGCUUCAAGGUCAUAACCAAGAUGGCAGGCAUGGAGGAGGAUGACCUGAUGUUCUCCUCCAGAGAGGAACAGUACCAGCUGCUGCAGAAGGUUCUAGCUGCGUCCGAUCUGGACGCCGAGGAGGAGGUUGUGAUGGGGGAGCUGGGAGGAAGACCUCAGUUCUCCAGGCGAGCCGGCACGAUGGGCUCCAUGUCUGGGGCUGAUGAUGCCUUCUACAUGGAGUACAGCCGCAGCACCCGGGCCUCCCUGGGCAAGAACAUCCACCCGCUCUUCAAACGCUUCCGCAAGUAGACGGCCCCGCAGGGGGGCGUGACCCCGCAGGGGGGCGUGACCCCGCAGGGGGGGCGUGACCCCUCAGGGGGGGCGUGACCCCGCAGGGGGUGCAAGGAUGGCGAGCUUGCUGGGAGAAGGAAUCCAACACGGAGCUGCUGAUAAUGAUGAUGAUGAUGGUGGAGGUUGAAGGGUGAAGAUGUGAUGGAGGCCAGCUGUCUGUCUGUCCUCUGAGUGUACGUCCAGGAGGAGAGGCGGUGGAGAAGGAUCCUCCCCGCGUCUGGCCCUGCUACCCCGAGUCCUCUCAGUGGACACGGGGCCGGGGCCGCCAAUUUAAUUACACCUGUUAAAAUCCGGCUUCAUAUGGAACUCCCCCCCCCCCCCCCCCCCCCCCCUGACGGUGCAGACUUUUGGGUAACUGCCAAAGCAAAAUGCAUUCCAGGCACAUCUAGCAGACGGCUGGAAACCAGCCUGUGGAGUACUACCUAAAAGUGAUUUGUUGAUCAGUUAUUUCAUGCUGUGUCCAUGUAUUAGGUUUUAUCACCCAGAAACAGUUUUUGUUACAAAUGUAACAGUUAAAUAUAUUCUAUGUUGCUUUUUACAGUAAAAAAAAAAGUUGUUUUUUCUGGACCGCAAAUUGAAAAUUGUUAAUAAAACAAGAAAAAAAGUCAUA